CACCCGGCCGGGCCCGCGGGCAUCUGCUGCGUGUCCCGCUCCGGACUCAGCGCCUCCGCUGUCGCCGGCGCUGCCUCGAUGUUCCAGCUGCCUAUCUUGAAUUUCAGUCCCCAGCAAGUGGCCGGGGUAUGCGAGACUCUAGAGGAGAGCGGCGACGUGGAGCGCCUGGGUCGCUUCCUCUGGUCGCUGCCUGUGGCCCCUGCGGCCUGCGAGGCGCUCAACAAGAAUGAAUCCGUGCUGCGCGCGCGAGCCAUCGUGGCCUUUCACGGUGGCAACUACCGCGAGCUCUACCAUAUCCUGGAAAACCACAAGUUCACCAAGGAGUCGCACGCCAAACUGCAGGCGCUGUGGCUCGAAGCGCAUUACCAGGAGGCUGAGAAGCUGCGUGGACGGCCCUUGGGGCCGGUGGAUAAGUACCGAGUGAGGAAGAAGUUCCCGCUGCCGCGCACCAUCUGGGACGGCGAACAGAAGACACACUGCUUCAAGGAGCGCACGCGGCACCUGCUGCGGGAAUGGUACCUGCAGGACCCCUACCCCAACCCAAGCAAAAAGCGUGAGCUCGCCCAGGCAACCGGACUGACCCCUACGCAGGUGGGCAACUGGUUCAAAAACCGCCGGCAAAGGGAUCGGGCAGCUGCAGCCAAAAACAGACUUCAGCAGCAGGUCCUGUCGCAGGGGUCCAGCCGGACGCUAAGAGCCGAGGAAGAGGGCACGCCCGAGGUGCUGGGUGCUGCCGCCAGCCCGGCCGCCAGCCUGUCCAGCAAGGCAGCCGCUUCGGCCAUCUCCAUCACUUCCAGCGACAGCGAGUGCGACAUCUGA